UAUUUCACUUUAUCCCUUCUCACUUUAUGAAAGUCUCACAAAUUCACUGCGGCAGACAUAUCAUACAAUAAAAAUGUUCCAUCUGAGCCUGGGAGGAGGCUGAAGCCUUCCCUGCUCAGGCAAAUGUUUGCAAUAAUAGAAUUCAUAAAAAGACAGAUGGGAGUAGAAAAUGUUGCAAUGAAGAAUCUGGAAUGAGAUGAGAUCACAGCAUCAGCCUGUCUUUUGUGGACCUGGACAAUGAUCACAGAGGCAGAUUGGAUUAGGGAAACCUCUUGACUGGAAGUUCAGAGCAGUCGCCAGAUAAAGGACAAGCUUCAGGGAGAGACCAGCUGAAAGAAAAUGCAUCAGAUUUACAGCUGCAGCGAUGAAAAUUUAGAAGUUUUCACCACUGUGAUUUCAUCCAAAGUGUCCAGUCCAGCCAGAAGAAGAGUCAAAAUCUCACAGCAUCUUUUGACCAAAAGCGUGGUAGCAGUGACUGAUUAUCAUAUCCAUGGGCCUCUGGAGCGUCUGCCCCACAGGAAUGACCGACUUCAGGUCCUUUGUAGAGAAGGUGAAGAAAGGAGGUUUGGCCGCCUCCAGAAUGGGCAACAAGGACAACCGCUGGCCAGAAACAGCACCAGACAUGUGGGAAUUUCUGAACCCAAACCAUUAAUUUUGUGUGGGACUCGAGCAUAUGGAAAAUCUCUGAUAUCCCAAGCCUCACUACCAGUGCCCAGGAUCACCGUGAAACAGCCUCCUGUCAACGAAGCAGCAGCAACAGAAGAAAGUAACCGGACUCUGACAAAGGAACCUAGAAGACUGGCCAGGAAAGUGCCUGAAGAUGAUCCAGCCUUUCCCCAGGGAGCAGAAGCCUCUGUACCACUGACAGGCAGAACUAGCUGUGGCACCCCCAACAUCCUCCGGAAAAUGUGGAUGAAGCACAAGAAGAAACCAGAAUAUUUGGGAGCCACAAACUGCGCCUUUGAGGCUGACUGAAAGGUGACUUCCUCCUGGAGCUGCUGAGUUCUCCAAAUUUCAGAUUGCUUUUUCAGUGGCCAUGGUCCUUUCCAGCUCCAUAUUCUAAGAUCCUCUAAAAACACAAUAAUUCAGUGUUGAGUCACACCCUCCUCUCCUAGUGGGUAAUCCAGAACAUACCAUUACUCCUCCCUUUUCACAAAUCUGCCUCCCCUGAGAUGGAAAAAAAGGGUUUCCCCCAAGGACAAAGUAUAACCAUCUCUUCUUAGAAGCAGUCACAAACCUGAAUGGGAUCUUGAGUUGAUGUGUAUUCCAUCCACCUGUUUUCCAUCACAACCGUGACUCAAAUUUCUCUUUCCUGCUUCUAAAGAUUUUCAUAGGAGGUCUCCUCUCCUCUGGUUUCUCAUCUACACAAUAAGGGGGUUGGGUUAGAUCAAGAGUUCUUAGCCUAAAGGUCUUUGACCUUUUUAAAACAAAUACAUAUAUUUUGAUAGCUAUAUUUCAAUAUAAUUGGUUUCCUUUAUAAUACUAUGUAUUUUACUUUGUGGGCCGCUAGGUGGUGCAGUGGAUAGAGUGCCAGCUGUAGGCAACACUGAACUCUGAAUUUGCCUCAGUUUCCUUAUCUGUAAAAUGAGCUGGAGAAGGAAAUGAAAAACCCACUCCAGUAUCUUUACCAAGAAAACCCCAAAUUAAGUCACAAAAAGUCAGACUGGAAAACAACUCAACAACAAAAAUUUCAUUUCAUGCAUUUAAAAACAAUAUUCUGAGGUGUCCAUAGGUUUUACCAGCUGCCAAAGGGGUCCUUGACACAAAAUAAAUAAUAAUGAAAUAGGUUAAGAACCCUAGGAUUAGAUGAUUGAGCUCUAAGGUCCCUCCACAUCUAAAUCCUAUAAGAAUCUCAGUAAUCUGUUACACUGCUCCUGACUGAUGUCAAUAUAAGGAAUGGCUGUUGAGUCACCAGCAAGCACAAUGGUCCUUUCUAUGCCUCUAACCACAUUCACUUAUUUAUUCAUUUCUUUUUAAUGAGUAUUCAUAUCUGGUAUGAUAAAGCACCAAAAGAUAUCCCUUUACUAACUCCAAUAUCAGCUUUAGUCUGUCAUUAAGCUGUUUCUGACAGGACUUUGGCACCCUGGUAUGUGUGAACCCUUAGUUCUUUUAUGUUCAAGACAUUCUGGUGAAAUGACUAAGAAUCGGAGGCAUUGAGGUGGCACAGUGGAUAAAACACUGGCCCUGGAUUCAGGAGAACCUGAGUUCAAAUCUGGCCUCAUACACUUGACAUUUACUAGCUGUGUGACCCUGAGCAAGUCACUUAACCCUCAUUGCCCCACAAAACAAAAUAAAAAACAAAAUGAAAUGACUAAGAAUUAAGUGCUGAAAAUCAAUAUAUUCAAAAGCAUCAUAGUCUAGUGGGGGGAAAAAACCUUAUGUUUGUAAAGUGCUUUUAAUUUUUCAAAGUGUUUUCAUAUCCAUUAGUUCAUUUCGUCCUCUCCUAAUUCCUGUUAGACAGGUAGGGUAAGUCUUAUUAUCCCUAUUUUAAAGAUGGGAAAACUAAGGCACAGAGUUUAUUUAAGUGACUUAGCAGGAUCAAACAAUAAUUUAGUCACCUACUAGAACCCAAUCUCCAAUAUUCUUUUUGUGACAUCAUGCUAAGGAAUGAAGAAUUUGUCUUUGCCAAAGCUCUAUAACUUAAUUGUAUGUAUGACCUUGGUCCUAUCAUUGACUUUGUCUCUGUGUGUGUGCCUCUUUUCCCCUCCUGCAAAUGGGGGAAAUAAUGCCUGCUUCCUCAAUAUUUCAGAGUAUGCCGCAAGAAUAAAUCAGAUCAUUUUUGUAAACACUUAAAACUUCUUCAGUGUAAGUUACUAUAUCACGAUUUCCCUUCUGGAAAAAAUGUAAAAACUUGGAGUAGGAUAAAGUGAUUAAGAAGAACCUGUAUAAAGAUUUCUAGUUUAAGCAGCUAAAACUGAUAUGUCUAUAAUAAUCACUCUAAAAUAGGAAAUCUUAAGCUGAAGUCCUUGAAUUUGUCUUUCUUUUUUAAAUAUUUUGAUAACUAUCUUUCAAUAUCACUGGUUCCUUUGUAAUCCUAUGUAUUUUAUGGUAUGCAUUUAAAAUAUUAUACUGAGGGGCAGCUAGG